UUUAUUUUUUUUUAACGCGCGUGCCGGAGUGUGGACCAACAGCUUAAAUAAGACUGCGCCAUCUCCCCGUGAGACGGCGAGCGGACUGCGAGGUGAGCUGGAGGCUGCUGACACGGCGCGGCGCGGCACGCGACUGCCUCUAUAAAUACCACGCUGGCUUCAGCGAGGGUGGCUACUGCCGCCGGACGCACCGCAAAGUAAGAAGAGUCUUCUUGUUCCACGCAGCCGAGCAACCAAGCUCUGCGCCUGCUGUUGUCCCUGCACCAACUUCUCUCUCCUACUGCCUCUCUCUCUCUCGCUGUCUCUCCGUGUGUGCGUCUGCAAGGGGUGGAGGGGAAGGACGCAGGAGGAGCAGGAGUGGUGCGAGCGAGACAGCGGCGAGGGGCGAUGGCUGCAGGGUCGUCGCUGCUGCUGCUGCUGCUGCAGCUGCUGCUGCUGCUGGUGGUGGCCACCACGACGUCGGCGCGCGUGGGCACCGAUUGUCGCGCUCGAUGCGCGCAGUGCGGAGACGACACUCGCCCCGGGGACGCGCUGCGCGCCACGAUCUGCACGCUGGAGUGCAGGUCAGGCCUCACGGUGGCGCAGUACUGGCGGGCGUGCCAGCUCUACUUGGGCCACGACGUGGGACCGGCGUGGGUGCAGUCGAGGUCGGCGCCCGGGGUGGCCGAUCCGGACCCGCCAGGGGACGAGAGCGGCCCGGGCCCCGCGUCGCCGCAGCAGCUCGACAAGAAGUACGGGGGCUUCUUUCGCCGCGUGCGCUCCCUGUUCCCCCGGACCCCCUCGGCUCCUAGGACCCCUCUGACGGCGCCGCAGGCAGGCAGCUCCACUCCUUCCCUGGCGAGUGUGCUGGACGAAAUCCGAAACUACCUGCAGACUCUGGACGGCUCCACGGCCUUGCAGCAGCAGCAGCAGCAGCAACUGAACGGCAUCGUCCUCCCAUCCGGCGCGGUGGACAAACGCUACGGGGGCUUUGGAAGGGGCCGCUUUCGAACCAAGAGGGGUCCCGAUGGCCGCGACGACGGGGGCGACCUACGGUCCGAACGGGAACGCGCGGAGGAAGCGGAAGAGGAGGAGGAAGAGGAAGAAGAAGACGAAGAAGAGAGGGAGGGAAACGGAGACGAGUCAGCGGCGGAGGCGGCGGAUGAUGAGGAGGAGGAUGAUGAGGACGGUGGGCAGGGGGAGGACGGGGAGGUGGCAGGCGAGCGCACCGAGGGGCGGGCGGAUGCGAAGACCGUGCAGAAACGAUACGGGGGCUUCAUGCGGAGGGUGGGACGGCCGCACAAAGCGUCGUGGGCCAACCAGAAGCGCUACGGGGGGUUCAUGCGCCGCUUCUUCGGGGUCUCCAUCCGCUCGGAGGACAGCGAAGGUCCCGCAGAUAAGAGAUUCAGCGCGUACGCUCGACGCCGGCUCGUGCAGCAGUGAGGAUGAGAAGGAGACACGGGAUUCGGGAGGAGGGGGAGGGGGGCCUGGGUCUGGCCCGGUGGCUCUGUUCCCAUCCUCGCUCUUAGCUUUGGAAUGUGGUCAUCUCAUCAUGCUUUCCCUACACGGGCAUCCACAUAGUUUACAUACAUACACGCAACGCAGACACGCUGAAUUACACAUAUAUGGGUCGUGCGCUUGAAAUGAUUACAGUGUUAACGUGAUUUCGACAACAAAAGGAGUUUUUUUUUUAAGUGAAUCGUUUAAACUAAGAUGGGUUUGCACUUACAGUUCGUUAGCUGACACUUGCUUUCUACACUUACUGCAAGAGGUGUGUGUGUGUGUGCGUGUGUUCGCGCGCGCGUGUGUGUGUUGUGGCCACGUAUAGGUGUGUGUGUGUAGAAGUCCGUGUGUUCAUAUAGAGAGCAGCUUCCGAUACCAACUCAUGUCAUGUACAAAGCGAACGUCAAUUAUCAAUCGAGCAUUAAUGUGCAUACAAAAAAUAAUCGUGAACAUGCGGUGGUUAUAUCCUUGCAUUUCGUGCUAACGUUUUGUCUGUACGAUGUCAUCCUCCGUGUGUAUUAUAUAUCGUCAUGCAGGUGUACGUGUGUGGUGUCGUAUUUUUAUCGUACGAUGCGAGAAACGACUGCGAAGGUUGAUAUUGUCUUAGUGAGUAGAGUUUAACAACCCCGACGCUAACAAUGUGUUGGGGGUUGGGGGGGUGGGCUAACACGGGUCGCAUGGAACCAUACACGCUGGGUGUGUGUGCCUCAAAAAAGAUGUUCCGAAAAGUUUCCCUUGUAAUGGUAUCUGGACCAAAUGUUGUUGAGCAUGCAUAUGUUGACUGCAUACAGAAAGCAUGCACUAUAUGUUACUUUUUUUUUUCAAAAUAAAAUUGUCCUGUUUACUCAUGCAGUUACAUACACCACGAACGCACGCACGCACGCCGGUGUAAUACCUUUAAAUUGAGGCCGCGCAAUUGCGUGAAGACAAACACUUAGUGUUGAAAAGAUUCGAGCAGGACCUGAAACAAACAAAUUCAACUGCCAAGUCACAGUGUGUAAUCUUACACGUGCGAUGGAGCGGCUACGUAUCUCAUUGGCAGCCAAGUGGUGGAAAUUACACAUUCUCAUGGCAGGGAACCCCAGUUAAAAAAAAAGAGGUCGACCACUCACUGUUGACUUUCUGCAAAGUGGUACUUGUUUUAUCCGAGAGCUCAAUGAUGAUGAGUCAAUGAAUAGCUUAAUCCAACGAUGCGCUUUUCAAAGUUUGCUUCGGAGUUUACUGUGUGCAUUCUAAUAAAGAGACCUCGUGGUAUUUCUUCACGCAGGGUUAGGUCUGUUGCUGCAGAAGUGCAGCCCGAUGAUGGUCUAGUAUCGGUACUCAGGAUCAUCAUGCGAUACUAAAAAUUACAUCCGUAAAAAAUAAGCAUUGCUUGAAUGCAAUUUCACAUCCAAUUAUUCGUUUCGAUUUUCCACCUGUUCAUAAUUGACAGUCCCUUGUCAAUCCACUGCUGGAUGUUCAGCGUGGCGUGGUGAAGCGAUUGGAGGCGGGGGUGAUGCCUACGGCCGAUUCCGAUGCCUCGCGCCUCCGAUGCCUCGCCGUGCUUGAGACUCAAACUCAGGUGGCGGGCUUCUGAGAUCAGUGCGCGAAUCCCCGCGUCACCGCCGCAGCUCCACCACCUGCUAACGGGUUAAACGGGCGAACGUUUUAAACAGGAGUAGCGUCGUCAACAGGUACUCGUGUGCUUGGUAAACUCUUAAUUCGUGUGUUUUAAACAGCGACCGGUCCCGUCUGAACAUCUCUUCUGUCUGUCGAUCCAAAUCAGCUCAAGCCUCCCGUAAGACCACGUGAACCACGUUGUGGCCACCCCCCGGCUCUGGACCGCUCCCCCGUCUCUCCGCCUCCCUGCGAAAACACACACUGCCCCAUGCAGCUCACUCCUGCUUCCAUCUUUCGUCUCUCUCCCUCUCUCUUCCCUCCCCACCCUGCUCUCUCAUCGUCUCCCUCUCAAGCCGGACAUCUUGGACCCGAUUGAUUCCUUCUCCUCUUCCACCCCGUCUUUGCACGGCGCUCCGUCCGUCGUUAUUCCUGGCUCCCUCGUCUUGAGCCGUGGCCUAAUUGCCCCCUCUUGCGGACUUUCUUGCCCUGCAUCCCUCCCCGAGCGCAUCUUUCGCUGCCUGACAUUCUGUCGCUUACUGACUCUGCUUCCACUUACCGUAGGUGCUGCGCCACGGAUGCAAAUGAAAAAAAAAGCGUUCAUCUCCAACCAUCUCAUCCGGCCAACCCCGAGAAUGACUCGUGUCAUUCAUGAGCUCAUCUUAACUGGCGAUGAUUAUUAUUAUUGUUGUUAGGUGAAGAAAAAACAUGCACUGAAAGGGAAGUGUCCUGCGGCAACAGCAACAAAAAAUCCACGGAUGAGUAAGCCAGAACCACACACACACACACACCUGCAAAGAGACAUCAUCUUUAUAACCUUACACAAUUAUCGUGUUCGCAGGAUAUUUAAGACGUUCCGGAAAAUAAGACGCACCCAAAACGUGUUCCCCAUGUCAAUAAAGCUAUACAAAUCUGGUGGCACACACACACACCGUAUUAUAAGACGCACAUAAAACGUUUGCUUUAUGGUACAUGAUGUAGAAGGUGUGUGUGUGUGUGCGCGCGUCUUAUAAUCCAGAGAAUACGUUAAUAUAGGACGACACGGACACGACAACAAACUGCAUUAGAUCUCACAAAGUCCACAAGGUGGCCGGUGUUGUGCAGGAAUGUUGAUGGGACCCUAACGAUACUGGCAGUGCAACAACUCUGUGUGGCGUCUGGCAGUGUGCGAUAGACUAACACGUGCGCAGUCCCUCUCUCGCAUUGGUGAUCGUUAUGCAUUACACAUUUUGCAUUGCUGUGUGGUGUUACCGCAGUAUAUAUGAAUGCACAUCAUGCCAUCAGUCGCGACUGCAUAUAUACAAGCAGUCUGGACAGCCUCAGCCUGCCUCAUGUUAUUUCUGGUGACCACAUGCUGCCAUGGUAUACGUAGAAUAGAGGUUUUGUUUUUGCAGCCAAGUCCAGUUUGAUUUUUUUACCAUUCGAUGAUGCUUUCAAAUAAACCAUAUUGCAAGUCUACAAAAUAUACGA